AUGACGCGACUGCUCGUCCAGGAGCUCCGACAAGACACCGACCUCGUCCUGGCCGCCGUGCAAAAGGACGGUUUGGCCUUGGAGUAUGCCCCCGAGGAGCUGCUGGCCGACAAGGAGGUCAUCCUUGCUGCUGUGGAGCAGAAUGGCGAGCUCCUUGAUUUUGCCUCCGAGGAGCUCCGAGACACCAAGGAGCUGGUCCUGGCGGCUGUGAAGCAGAAGGGCUACGCCCUGAGAUAUGCUUCCGAGGAGCUCCGCGCCAACAAGGAGGUGGUCCUGGCUGCUGUGGAGCAGAACUGCGACGCCCUGGAAUUUGCUUCGGAGGAGCUCCGCGCCAACAAGGAGGUGGUCCUGGCUGCUGUGGAGCAGAACUGCGACGCCCUGAAAUUUGCUUCCGAGGAGAUCCGCGCCAACAAGGAGGUGGUCCUGGCUGCUGUGGAGCAGCACGGCAAUGCCCUGAGAUUUGCUUCCGAGGAGAUCCGCGCCAACAAGGAGGUUGUGCUGGCGGCUGUGAAGCGGAACGGCAACAGCCUGGCAUAUGCGUCCCAGAAUCAUGAAUGUACCUUGCCUCGUUUCCUGGAGGCGGUGCGCGCCACGAACGCUUACUGGCUCCUGCAUUUUGCGGCCGGCGAUCUGCAGACGGACGACUUCCACGGCCAGUGCCGCGCUGCUUGUGGCACCGGAUUGGUGUUCACGUACUAU